ACCUGCAAUUCCAAUAUCGACAAUUCCCGGCUAUGGUCGAGUACACCCUAUUUCUGAGCAACAAUCGCACCAAUUGCUCCAUCUACCAUGGAGGAUUUACUGACCUUGCUUCGGCACAGGCAUCGGGCGAGCUGGCAUACACCAUUUUUCUUCGGCUUCCUCGUCUUAUUAUCAGCUCUCAUAAUCUGGAUAUAUCCGAUGAUGCAACUGUUGUGCCUGGCAUGCUGGUUCAUUCUGAUGGCAAUACGGCUGUUGCUGACGUUAGUCAGGGCAAUGGUAGGUCUGCUCAGGUUUCUGUUAAAGGAAAGAGCGUUAAAGUAGCGCAGCGGAUUGCAGGCGUCGGCUGGAAGUUCACCGACCCUAAUGGGACUAAAUACAGAUGGGAGGUCUUGCGCAAGGAGAAGCGUUGGGAGCUGCAAGGGCAUCGAGGAAAGGCUGUUGCUACCUUUGACAGCAGGCAGUUUUGGAGUGACAACUAUGCCAGCUUCAUAGUGGACGAGGGUAUGGAUGAGGACCUACGCAUGCUGGUCCUACUAUCGUGGGCAUUGAGUGCUAAAGCGAUUUUUACAAGUAAGACUGUUCCUACAAACAGUGUAGGUGGAGGUGACGACACAUUUACCAACGCCAUGGUUGGUGGGUUUUAAUAUACAUCGUUUAACAGAUGGUUUAUCAGCCUUGUCAAGCACGACAGCUACAUGAAGAGUAUGACCUCCAUACUAAUGCAUGGCAUGUUUAAAUUUGCUGUCAGCUUGGAUUAUACACUGCUGUUGCGAACAGACGCCAUCCUGUCAAAGGUACGCAGCCAUAUUCACCAAGGGCUUGGCCACACAUAUUUCUAUGCUACAUUACUAAUCAAAGUACACUGUUUGCCGGUUGGUAUUGUCUCGCCCGGAUGUUGGGAACAUGGCUUGUUACGAGAAAUCAGUGGCGGCUGGUUCCAGAAUGCAACACGCAUGCACGCCAAGAUGCUGUCAAAAAAUUGGCCGAUACGGACUCCGCAUUGUGUGGGGUCACAUAUAAAAUGUGCACGGGUGACAG